CACAUAAACCAUUCACCAUUCACCAUGAAACUUGUAUAGGACAAACCGUGACUCACCUCAACACUCAGCAUCAUUUUCUGUCAAAAGCAAAGCUGAACCACAACUUCAUACGCAUCACGGCUUCACGGAUCCUUCAUACCACAAAAUCCACCGAGCUUCAUCACCACAACGACUCACACAACAUAACCUCCGAGUCAACACGACGCUCGCAGUUCUGAUCCUCCAAUCGCACAACACCGACCUAAAACGCUUAAGUGGAUUCGGAGUGCUCUCUUUCGAUUUCACUUCGUCUCCAUCACUCUCCGCCUCGACCACCGCCGGCAGCUGCCCAGCACAUCACUCUGUCCUCUGCUCAGCCGCAGACAUCACACCGGCGACCGUCCCUCCAUCUAUACAACUCUGUCAAAUCUUGAAGUAGAGAUGCAUGUAUGAUCUUUAACUGUUUUUGAUUGGAAGAUUUUUUGUUAUGGCAACGGCAACAUAUCCACCACCACCGCCUUAUUACAGGCUUUACAAAAAUUACGCGCAAGACCCUCAGUCUGCCCCAGAGCCUCCACCACCAAUUGAAGGAACUUACAUUUGUUUCGGAGGCAGUUACACUACUAGUGAUGUUCUACCAAGCUUGGAAGAACAAGGUGUUCGCCAACUCUAUUCCAAGGGACCUAAUAUUGAUUUCAAGAAGGAGCUGAGAUCACUUAAUGGAGAAUUGCAACUACACAUUUUGGAGCUUGCUGAUAUUCUUAUUGAGAGACCAUCACAAUAUGCAAGGAGAGUUGAAGAAAUUUCAACCUUGUUCAAAAAUUUACACCACCUUUUAAAUUCCCUGCGUCCUCAUCAGGCUAGAGCAACUUUGAUUCACAUUUUGGAACUUCAGAUAGAGCGCCGUAAACAAGCUGUGGAAGACAUUAAAAGAAAUCAUAGAGCAUUUCACAUUGUGCUUUACCAUAAUUUGAAAGACAAUAUCUAGUGUAUCGGAGGAGAGAAGAAGCUCGAAGACUCCUUAAUGAGUCAUUGGCAACACUUGAUGGUCAUUAAAGCAUUGUGUACCUUGUAUUGUUGUGCAACUACAUCUCAAUGAAUUUCGACCAAUAGAUUCAUACCUUGCGUCAAAGGUUACCAUGCUAUAAGUUAUAGGGAAGACUGUUUUAUAGUGUGUCGUAGAUAUUAUAACUACUUGUGGAUGAACUUUUAGGAUUGUUCUUUAAAUUGUGUGAUGUUACUUGGUAAUAACUUUUAGACACUUUAAUUAUGUGCUCAACUUCUCUUUGAAGUAAACAAAUGGAGUCUGAAAAAACAAACAGAAUUGACAUUGAGCA